AACCCGGAUCCGAGACCCGUUUCCAGUUCAAAUCCGAAUCCAUUAAUACAUAAACCCUAAAAACCCUAGUUUGACCGACGCGCGAUCAGGAGGAAGGUUCAUUAUCUUUUGAAGUUCCGGAAGCUCGCCAUGUAUCUCCAGUUUUACAUCAAUGAGAACGGCGACAAAGUUUAUACUACCAAGAAAGAAUCGCCGCUGGGGUUAGCUACCCAAUCUGCUCAUCCAGCUCGUUUCUCCCCGGACGACAAGUACUCCAGACAGCGAGUGCUACUGAAGAAGCGAUUCGGCCUGCUUCCGACCCAGCAACCACCUCAAAAGUACUAGGAUUAAGAUUUCACUGCUCUUAAAACAGAAUGUACAAUUUUCAAUGACUAGAACCAUGUAUUUGUAAUUCCCGCUACAUUCUGUUGCAAGUAUUGUGGUUGUCAUGAACUGGAGUCUUUGCUGAUGAUACAUUAAUUUCCAUCUAGUGAUUGUGCCCCUCUUGAGAAA